AUGAUUGACAUUGGCAUAAAUCUGACGGACCCCAUGUACCGCGGUGUGUACCACGGCCAAAAGAAGCAUCCGGCUGAUAUUGACGCGGUGCUUGCACGCGCAGUUGCCGUUGGCGUGCGUUGCCUCCUCAUUACCGCCGGCUGUUUGAAGGAAAGUCGUGAGGCCAUUGAACUCUGCAAGAAGUAUAGCUCCAAAUCGUUACAGUGUUACUGUACCGUUGGCUGUCACCCGACAAGGUGCGGUGAGUUUACAAAGGAUCCUGAGGGGUACUACAAUGAGCUGCGAGCGCUGGUGGCGGAGCAUACGGUGCAGCGUGAGGGUGGGUGUGUCGCAGCUAUUGGCGAGGUGGGCCUGGACUACGAUCGGUUGUUUUUUUGUGAGAAAUCUGUGCAGAUGCCUUACUUUGUAAAACAGUUAGAGUUGGCUAAAGAAUUUCAGCUGCCACUCUUUUUGCAUGACCGUAAUACCGGGGGCGAUUUUCUUGAGGUUCUGUCGCAGCACCGUCAUUGCUUUAAGGGCGGGGUUGUGCACAGCUUCACCGGAUCCAGGGAGGAUUUGGAACAGCUGCUUGACCUUGGACUUUUUAUCGGUGUGAACGGCUGCAGCUUGAAGAUGGAGGAUAACCUCGCUGUUGCGAAGGCUAUUCCACUGGAUCGACUCAUGAUUGAGACUGACGGGCCCUGGUGCGAGAUUCGUAACACACACGCCUCCCAUAAAGUUUUGCAGGAAGUGGCGAAGUGCGGCGGGGUAUCAGAUGCAUUGCUACGCCCCUACUUCCCCGCGUGCCGCAAGGAAAAGUUUCAGGAGGGGGCAGUUGUUAAGUCGAGGUGUGAGCCGUGCCACUUGCUGCGGGUGUUGGAGGUGCUCUACGGGCUCCAUCGCGACGAGGUGGCGUCUCUGGAGAGUCUGGCGGUUACUAUUUAUAACAACACUCGAAAGCUCUUCCCGUUUUGGCCACAUGACGUGGAGCCGUAG